CGGGUUUCUUCCGGAAGCUUUCGUAAUUAAUUUCUUAAGUAAGGAGGUUAUUAAAUCCCUAAGACGUUAGUUGCUUAAGUUCUUCGUUGUUUGUUUUAAUGACUUAACCAUUUAGAAGUUAUAUUUGGAGUGGCCGCUGAUUUGCUUCGUUUUAUAUUCGUCUAUUGUAGGUGCUCGGUUAAAUUGUUUUUCUUCUUUGUUCGUAUUUCUCUGCCAUCUUCAGAUAUGGUUUUUGGUUACACUAAAUAUCUCGCAUCGAAAAACGAGGACCGAUGCUGCCUUGUUUGAAACCAGCCCCGUCAGCAAACAAUCACAUUUCAAUUUCGUCACCUACUUCUCAAGGAUAUUCAGCGGACAAUACGCCAACAUCGAGUGUUCAACUCUCUCCGACCGUCAACCUCAGUCGAGAAUUCACCCUCGCAGUCAAAACAAAUUCUUACAACGAAAUCCGAAAAACAUUCGACCAAAUUGCAAACACAGAACAAGUCGAAUUCCACGAGGAAACUCAACUCUUGGACAAGGUUCUUAAACCGGGCCCCGCGCGUAUUCUAGAAGCCAUAUCGCUGACUAGGCGCACCUCUCUCACUCAUCUCAUCGCCACAUACUUCGAACACACCGAGCAAACUUCCCGUUUAUGCCUCCUCCUCUACAACAGUAUCCACCUUGCCCGCCUCCUGUACACCCCUGUACACAACCUUCUAGAAGACCUCGAGGAAUAUUCCCUCUCCGAUUCCCAAUGCAAGAUUGCCUAUAACGUCUUUCUCCAAUUCGACUCGCACCUCGAAAACCCCUUCAUCUCACCCAACUCGCGCAGCUUCAACGACAUCCGCCGGUGCUUCUUACAGCUCAGGGAAAAGCUCGACCGCCGUCUCAAGAAGUCGAAGUCCAAGUCAACGAGGCCCGUAUUGUGUUUCGUUGCGGGCCCCACGUGGGCCAGGAGCAAGAGGGAUAGGGCCCGCAAGGCGCAGCUGGAGGCGGCGGCAAAGGGCGUCUACGUCAUCCGUAAUGACGUGGACACGAUCGAUCGAUUGGUGGCGCGUUUGCAUGCGGGGGUUGAAAACGACAGGCUGCUGGUACGGAUGGGGGUGGAGAGGGGGGUGGAUAGAUACCCCAUUGAAGAGAUACUGAAGCAGCUUCGAAGAAAUCGAGCCGGUUUUCUGAAACAGCUCGUGGAUCUUGAGGAGCAUUUGUUCCUCUGUUUUGCUGCUGUUAAUCGAUCAAGAUCAAUUCUUCUCCAAGAGAUCUCUGCAUCACACUAAGUAAUCCCGUCUUCGAGAAAAGAAAAAAAAAAGACUCUUUUAACCCUGUUUAAUUUGCAUGCAUGCAUGCAUAUGUCGUUUCGAUUAGGGCUCGUUUGGUAGCGAUGGUUAUAGAUUAGAUAGGAUAUGGUUGUAGUAUUAUAGGUGAUGUGUUAGAAGUUGUGGUUAAUUUCUAAUAUUAAUGUUUACAAAAGAGAGGGUUAUAUUUGUCAUUUUCCUUGGGGCUCGGAGAUGUAUGAGAAAUGGAAAUGUAAUUGGAUGAGCUAAGUGAGAAGUAUUCAUUUGUUACAUCUUUUUUUAUAAAACCUCACAA